CUCCAUGGACGUAUGUCAGAUGAAAAUGUUCUCAUCUGGGGAGAAUGGGGAUAAAAUGGUGCAUGUAGAGGUACCUGGUCCAACUUUGACAUUCCAGAACAUUCACUAUUGUGUUAGAGAAAGCCGUGGACUUUGCCGUAAGAGAGGACCUGAGAAAGACAUCCUAAAAAAUGUCAGUGGCAUCAUGAAGACGGGAUUAAACGCUAUCAUGGGAGCAACAGGAAGCGGCAAAACAUCGUUGUUGGACGUGAUUUCUGGGAGAAAGGAUCCACGUGGUUUGCGUUCAGGUCAAGUUCUGGUUGACAACAAGGUUGUGACCUCUGAACUCCGGCUUAUGUCGGCCUAUGUUGUGCAGGAUGAUAUCCUGAUGGGCACGCUUACUGUGCGAGAGAAUCUCUCAUUCUCUGGAAAUUUGCGGUUGCCAAGGCAACAGUAUUCCACUGGUGAUAAGAAAAAGAAAGUGGAGAGCAUCAUCCAUGAGCUUGGGCUGGAGGACUGCGCAGACACAAAGAUUGGUACAGAGUUUUUAAGGGGUGUAUCAGGAGGAGAAAGAAAGCGUUGUAGCAUCGGUAUGGAGCUCAUUACAUCUCCUACUCUUCUGUUCCUGGAUGAGCCGACCACAGGCCUUGACUCCAAUACAGCCAACAGCAUCAUUGGUCUAUUGCACAGGUUGUCACGGGGUGGUAAAACUAUCAUUUUCUCCAUCCACCAGCCACGUUAUUCCAUUUUCAAGCUGUUUGAUCACCUGACGCUCCUCCAUAAAGGCGAGAUGGUUUAUGCCGGCCCUGCUGGCAAAGCCAUGGACUACUUUCAGAGUCUGGGUUACACAUGUGAGGCUUUCAACAAUCCUGCAGAUUUUUUUCUGGACAUAACAAACGGGGAAACUUUUCUGUCCACGCCAACAGAGAAGUCGUUGGCUGAGCAGUACAGAGAAUCUCAGUUCUGUGAUGCCGUCGUAGAGGAAUUGAAAUGUAUUACCGGCCCAUCGGGUUCCUCAUUUGAAACCAACAAAAAGGCACCAUCCUAUGUCACACCUUUUUUUUACCAGAUGAAGGUGGUGUGUUGGAGGACAGCACUGAACAUUAUCAGGAAUCCUCAGACCUCGUAUGCUCAAUUUGGUCUGAACAUUAUCUUUGCUAUUUUGAUCGGCCUCAUCUACUACCAAAUGCCCAAAACUCUUCCUGAAGCCAUACAAAACAGGAUCGGAGCUUUCUUCUUCCUCAUCAUCAAUAUGGUGUUUGGCAACCUAUCAGCGGUGGAGCUCUUCAUCAAUGAAAGAAAGAUCUUUGUACACGAGAACUCUGGAGGAUAUUACCGGACAUCUGUGUAUUUCCUGUCUAAGGUGUUUGUGGAUUUGUUACCAAAUCGCAUCAUACCACUUCUCGCCUUCGCUUCCAUUGCAUAUUAUAUGAUGGGGUUGAAGCCGGCAUUUACAGCGUUCCUGUGCUUUGCAUUGACCUUGUCUUUGGUCAGCCUGGCAGGAGUCAGUUUGGCGUUUCUGGUCAGUGCCAGCGUGAACUCGUUCGCCAUGGCCAACGCUCUCAUCGCCAUUCCUUUUAUCUUCAUGAUGGUUUUCGGCGGGUUCCUCGUGAACCUCAACUCCAUGCUCAGCUGGUUGUCCUGGCUCCAGUGGGCCAGUAUCUUUAAAUACGGGCUAAAUGCUGUGACUAUAAAUGAAAUGAAAGGGCUGGUCUUCAAUGCUACAAUGACAGGAGAGAUGUAUCUCGAAUCUCAGGGAAUCGAUUACAGCACAUGGGGCUUCUGGCAAAAUCAGGUGGCUCUGCUGGGCAUUAUACUCAUAUGUAUGACGUUGGCAUACGUACAGCUACGUAGAAUUAACCGCUGGAAAUAG